GCUAUAAAUAUGCUUAAAUUUUGGGUAAAAUUCUCAGUUAACUUCCAGUAUUUUGGUAUUUCACUUGAAUUUCGCCUUUAUGCUAUAAUAAUAUAUUAUUGAUUUUAAGAGUGCCACGGAAUUCGCGAAUAUUGUAAGUUAAAUACGGUAUAAUGCGUUCGCCGACUCUUUUUUGACAUAUUAUGGAUUUUUGCAAUGAUUUCUGUGAUUGUGGCAGUUGAUUUGGCGGAAAGCGAACAAGCGAUCACUCCAAGUACUGUUACAAGUCCAGAGAUAUCAGUGCACGCCGUGGAGACAGAGGGGAGGACAUUCGAGGCAGCAGAUGCGUUGCUGGAUGUGGACGCCAGCACAGCGCAUGAGAAUAAGAGCGGGCGAGAGGCGCGCCAAUUUCGUACGUUCGGCUUUGGACGACGUAGAUUUGGGCGUCCGGCGUAUUUUGGAGGUUAUGGUGGCUUUGGACGUUACGGACGUCCAUUUUAUGGUGGUGGGUUCCGGCGACCUUACGGAUACUUUCCCCGACCAUAUUAUCCGCGGCCCUACUAUGGUAGACCAUGUUGCUUCUACGGUUGAGGAAGACGAGCAAUGUGUGUUAUGUGCGUAGCCCACUGCUUUGAAGUGCAAGUCUCUAUU